CGCGGUUAGCGCGUAAACCGAAAACCGCCUAUAGCCAAAACCCCAUUGAGUUCAAUGACGGGUGAAAUCGCCCGCACUACAGGUGUCAUGUAAUCAGAGUUAGGUGGCAGCAGGAGUUGAAAUGCAUUCCAGUCACACAACUGAAAAUGGACCUGACCCCAAGGUAGUAAUACAGUUGAUCAAGAAGCAGUUGGUGAGUUCCAUCAAGGGAUUGCAGAAACAGUAUGUAACCUCCGAUGCCGUUGUAACCAGUGACACUGACGAUGCUAAUGCCCUGUGCUGUGCACUAGAGGCUGUGUUUGUGCAUGGACUGAAGGCGAAGUACAUAAAAACAGAGGCUGGAGGAAAAGGGAAAAAAACAUGUGGCCGUGCACCUCUUCCCCAGCCCGUCUUCUGGGGCUUGCUGAAAACCAUCACGCACAGAAACAUCAUUUUAGAGCUGGAACAGUUACAUUUUAUCAGCACUGACGUGGGGCGCUGCCGUGCUUGGUUAAGGCUUGCCUUGAAUGAUGGCCUCAUGGAGUGUUAUUUGAAGUUACUGCUACAAGAGAAGUCCAGGCUGCCAGAGUAUUAUCAGACGACAGCCCUGCUGCUGGAUGCAGAGGAAUGUGAAUUUCUGCUUAGCUUCUUGCAAGGGUUAACUUCCCUGACCUUCGAACUGUCCUAUAAAUCAGCAGUUUUAAAUGAAUGGACUAUAACGCCCUUGUCCCUGUCUGGUCUGUGUCCUGUUUCGGAGCUUCUGGAGCAUCUAACAUCCUCUAGUUCUGAAUCCCAAAGAAAGGAGUCCCUGGGUUUGGUCUCACGUUCUUCAGGAUCUGAUGAUAUUGAAGCUCAACCCAACAUAUUGCCCCUCAGUAAAAAUGAGGACCAAAGUAAACUUACAUGCUCCACGCUAAGCCUUAACACUACAAGUUCAUCCCAGCUGUCCUCCAGCCUGGGCUCUGAUGGCCUCCUGCAGGCCAACUGCACUAGAAGUCCUGAUAGGUGUGAGGAACCGCUGUCGUAUGACUCUGAUUUAGGGGCAGCAAACGCAGAGGAUUUAGACAGUUCUCUGCAAGAGGUAUUGUCUGAAUUCAGCAAAGUACAGCAAGUCUCUGAACCUACAGAAGAACCGCACCGUCCUAAUCUAUUGGCGCCUGCCCCAUUGCAGCCCACACUUCCUCCUGCUGUCUCCAGAGCCUCUCACCUGCAUUUAAAUGCAACAGCGGAGAGCACUCUUUGUUCUGCACCGCUUCCUGACACACACAACCCACAGUCCAUCUGUGUGGACGAUCUAGCUAAAGCCAGCAAGAUAUCAGAUCCUCCUUCACAUGUUACAGGAAUCCAGUUGUUGUCUCAGCCAAUCAUAACACACAGUGGUGCAGCAGACAAAGAUUCAUCCCAACAGCUUUACAUUAUUAACCCAGAAGAUAAAGAUGGAACCAGUAAGAUAAACGGUCAUAAGGAAAGCCAAGAGGAUCUCAGCCCAGUGACAGAAUUCUUUCUUUCACCAGCAACAGCUUGUCCAAAAAGAAGGAGCUGGAUAUCAGAAGACGAUUUCUACAGGCCUUCUCCAGAAGGGAGCAGUAAAGGCCUAACUGAUUCUUAUGGGUCCUCUCUUGAGGGGGCCAGAGAAGGCCGGUCCACAGAACUGAUCAGUGCACUCGAUUUGGAGGGACCCUUCUUAUCCUCUUCAAAGACUGGGAAGCCCAAGCCAUCCCCUGACCAGGAACAAAAGGGCUUCCAUGUUGUUCAUCGCAGGCAGAUCGGUCUUUCCAAUCCGUUCCGAGGCCUCCUGAAGCUGGGCAGUCUGGAGAGGAGGGGAGCAAUGGGCCUCUGGAAAGAGUUCUUCUGUGAGUUAUCCCCACUGGAGUUCCGCCUCUUCCUGGACCACGAAGAGCGGAUUUACAGUGAGAAUUACUCUCUGCUGCGAUGCGAGUCGCUGGGGCUGGUUCACAGUGAUGGCCGGUUUGAGCUGGUGUUCUCUGGUAAGAAACUGUCCUUACGAGCUCCUUCCCGAGAUGAAGCUGAGGACUGGCUAGACAGGAUACAUGAGGCUCUACACAAGUGUCGGCCUCAGCAAGAGGAGGAAUGGGAGACGCUUGACUGUCCAGAAGACGACCUUGAAGGACACACAGUUGGAGUGUUGCUCAGUGACUCAGCUGCUUUGCUCCAGUACAACAACACAGCUGGAAAUGCCUAUGAUUGGACGUCUUCUCUUGCACCAGAAUUAGAUGCCAUUAAAGAAUCAGUUCUUUAUAUGGAUGUAGAUAAAGCUUGGGCUCCUUUUAUUUUUUCCUUGUCGUUAGAAGCUUUAAAAUGCUUUAAAGUAAAAAACCAUGAAAAAAUAUUAAGCAACAGCUAUGGAAUAGAGACAAUCCAAGACAUUCUUCCUGACACAAGUCUUGGUGGGCCUGCGUUUUUCAAGGUGAUAACCUCUAAAGCCAUUUUGAAGCUGCAAGCUGAGAGUGCUGAUGCUGCCGCAGCAUGGAGGGGGCUUGUUCGUAGAGUAUUAACCUCAUAUCUCGAAACUGCAGAGGAAGCGCUGACACUUGGUGGCAAUUUGGAUGGGAAUUCUCAGGCAAUCUUGAAAAACACUGUAAAGGAAAAUGGCUUUUUCUUACAAUAUCUGGUGGCCAUCCCCAUGGAGAAAGGACUGGACUCCCAGAGCUUCAUAUGUGCAGGUUGCUCCAGACAGAUCGGACUCAGUUUUGUGAAACCCAAACUUUGUGCAUUCUCUGGCCUCUAUUACUGUGACUGCUGCCAUCAGGACGACGAGUCUGUGAUUCCAUCGCGCCUUAUCCACAACUGGGACUUGACUAAAAGAGUAGUUUGUCGACAAGCUUUAAAAUUUCUGAAUCAAAUCCGCAAUCAACCUUUAAUUAAUCUGAAAUUGGUGAAUGAAAGCCUGUAUGCUCACGUGGAGAGGAUGAGUCGAAUCUGUAGAAGCAGAGAACAGCUGAAACUACUUGGCGAUUACCUUAUAAUGUGUCGCAGUGGGGCCCUGAAGGAGCUUAGCAAACGACUUGAUCAUCGGGACUAUCUAUUGGAAUCGCCCCAUAAAUACAGUGUAACUGAUCUGAGACAGAUAGCUGAUGGCAUAUUUGAAGUGUACCUGCAAUCUCUGAUCCAGUUUGCUUCCCACCAUGUCUAUAACUGUGACCUCUGUACCCAGCGGGGCUUUAUCUGUCAGAUUUGUAACAACAGCAGCAUCAUUUUCCCCUUUGAGUUCGACACAACCACCCGAUGCAGAGAUUGCAAAACUGUCUUCCACAGGUGCUGCCAAGACAGCAUGAAAUCUUGCCCCCGCUGCGAACGCCGGCAGAAAUACCAGCAACAAUUGCAAGCGGACGUCCUCGUGAAACCAAAUAUGUAGUGAGCAGCUUCUCACAGAUGGACUCUACACAGGGCUUUGCUCAUCUGCAAACUCGUGACCUGGACACUGUGCAGAGGAAGGGAAAA